AUGAGCAGGGUUGUUGUAACCGAGAUGGGUCCAACGAUGGGAAGGGUAGACUCGAUGGAACAAACGCUUCAAACGAUGCAAGGACAGCUUAACAGCAUCUUUGCUCGUUGGGAGCAGAAGGCGAAGGCCAAGGAGGAAGAACAACGGAGGUUGAUGGAAAAAGCCCGCGGUAAGAGCCACGUCAGUGACGAGACUCGAUCCGAGGGCAAGAUCGGUCAACACAAACACCUGGAGGACGGUGAGCAGAGCCUUCUGGUGGACCAAACUCCGAUCGACAGUCGCGGCGAUGAAUCAGGGGUCCGACGUGCACAGAGGCGUGGAUCUCGGUUUCACGAUGACUACGACGACGACAGAGGACGGUCUCUAACACGGAGGUUGGAGCUGCCUCUGUUCGACGGAGAGAACGCUGACAGCUGGGCUCUCAAGGUCGAACAAUACUUUGAAAUCCGCGAGUACUCGGAGGAGGAGAAGCUACGCAACGUGAGGACAUGCUUCGACGGUGAGGCCUUGCUGUGGUACCGUUGGGAGCGUGAUCGGAACCCAUUUCGUAGCUGGAACCAGAUGAAAUAUCAGGUACUGGAGCAGUACUCGUCCAACAAGGACACCUCCGCCGGCGAAAGGUUACUGACAUUGCGACAAACUGGCACCGUCCGGGAAUACUGUAGCGAUUUCAAAAACCUCGCCAUGAACGCACCAGAGUUAAUGGAGGAGGUCUUGGAACUGGCGUUCAUCGUUGGGUUGAAUACGAAGAUCCGCGCCGGCGUGAAGUUGUUUGAACCGCGCGGAUUGCAAAAACUGAUGGAGACGGUGACGAAGGUGGAGGACUGGUCCAGCGAGGGCGAGUCAUCGCCGCCUAAGGGAGGACGCUCGAAUAGUUUGGGCCUUUCGACCACGUCACCAAAGCCCAACUCGGGGGUCCAAACUACAACACCAAAUCGUUCGAAGCCUGGCCCAGUUUCGACAAACCCUAAUAAUCGAAGCGGGGGUCGCGCGACGACGACUCUUGGGCGUUUGAAACCACCGUUUCGGCGUCUAACACCGGAGGAAGUGGCGAAAUGGCAGGCGGAGGGACUAUGCUUUAAGUGCGAUGAGAAGUGGCAUCGUAAUCACCUUUGUUCCAAACAGGAGCUGACUGUGUUAGUCACUCGUGACGAUGGUUCUGAGACAGAGCUAUUGGAGGAGCCUUGCGAGCUAGAGGAGGAGGAGGAGGUUGAAGCGGUUGUGGCAGAGGUUUCAAUCAACUCUCUGGUAGGGCUGACAUCUCCGAAGACAAUGAAAUUGAAGGGGAAGAUCGGCACAGAAGAGGUGGUGGUGCUGAUUGAUAGCGGUGCUUCCCACAAUUUCAUCUCGGAGGGGUUAGUUAAGCGUUUGAAGUUGGAGACAUGUAGUACGGCGAAGUAUGGGGUCUUAGUCGCAGGCGGAGUCAAAGUUCAAGGCAGAGGAGUGAUUGAAGAAGUUGUCUGGUGCUUCCACCAUGUACGAUCUUUACCAGCUUCUUACCAUUGGAACUGGGCAUUGCAGAUGUCAUUCUGGGAGUCCAGUGGCUGGAUACCUUGGGUGAGAUGCGUGUUAACUGGAAGCUUCAGUGGAUAA